GGAGAUCAUGGGAUGUGGUAGUUCCACAAAUGCCUACUACUUCCUGCGGAAAUCGGAAAAAGAUGCACUGCUGCAGAGCUGCAGAUUAGAGCCAGAGCCAGAUGGACACACAUCAUCUUCCACCAGCCCCAUGGCCAUUCCGUGGGCAGUAACCCUGCAUUCUGUGGAAUCACCUGGGAAUGUUUCUGGUGGAAGACAUGGGCUGCAGAAACCCUGGCAGCAUGAAACCUUGACCCAUUAGACCCAUGCUGCAGUGGAACCAGGAAGGGGACAGCCUGGACAGGGACCUCAAAGAGUGCAGAGGGCCAGAACUGCGCGCACACCUCAGAGGACCAAUGGGACCCAAGCCCCUGUCCAUUUCCCAGCGAGGUGAUCUCCGAUCUCUCUGAUGGAACAGUGGAGAGGAAGCUCCACAAGAUAAACUUCAAAAAUGUCAUUUCAACGUAGUAGAUCAUUUUCCAUUUCUAACCUCUGAGUCUCUAAGAUGGGGAAAGCACUGCUAUAAAACCAAAACCCCACAGCCUCCCCUUGUAGCUCUAGUGUGAAAUUCCCACUUCUGAUGCUGUUAUAAUGAACAAGACCAGAUCCUCAGCUGGGGUAAACUGGUGUAGGUUGAGGCUGUGGAGAUUCGCUGGGAUACACCAGCUGUGGAUCUGGCUGUCUAGAGUUUUUCACCAAUUCCAGUUUCUUUAUUUAAAGGCCAUUCCAUUCACUUAAUAUGGACAGGAUUGGUUAAACUAAUUUUCAGUGAGGAAACCAAGUGCGUCGUUUGAGUCUCCCUUUCCCUUCUUUUCAGGCUUGAGAUCAUUGCAUAAGCUGAUCCAAAGCGCCCUGAAGUUAAUGAAAGUCUUUCCUGGUGGACUUUGGAUCAGGAUCUAAGAGCAGAGAUCUGGCUUUUUGAAGCCGGUUCUUUUUUAACCAUUUGGGGCUUUCUCCAUUUUUAAUUCGUCUGAGAGUUUCCCGCUGCAGCCAGAGUCCCUGCAUAAUGUCUGAGUAAAAUGUAACCCCAUUUGUUUUAUGAAUGCUACAACAGGCCACCAGGGAGCUGCCUUCUUUCUCACGUCCUACCUGCUGGUGGUUGGUUGACUUGGCCUCAAACUGAUCCUAUGUCUCAUCUGCUUUUUGUACGUUGCCUGAUGCUCCAGUGUGAUGUUUUGCUGAGCAGUGUGUAAACCCUGCAGCACAUCCACCAAAGGACAGAAUGGUUUUGUCCAUUUUUCCGCACUGGGAAGCAAGGGCGUUGUUGCUUCCUUGAACUUGUUCUCCUGAGCACCCCAACUUUCCUGAAUGUUUGAAAUUAUGGAUUGUGCGAGGUGCCUGUGCAAACACUUCCAGAUGCAGCUCACCCAGCCUUCAAAGCCGCUGUCCUGAUCCAAAGAUGGUAUCGACGCUAUGUUGCCCGACUAGAGAUGCGCCGAAGGUGCACAUGGAGAAUUUUCCAAUCCAUAGAGUACUCCUGUGAGCAGGAUCAGAUCAAGCUUCACAACUUCUUCAGCUAUCUUAUGGACCACUUCACACCAAGCAGCAGCAAAGAGAGGGACUUCAUUAGCCGCAUGUUGACGGAGGAAGAAAGCUACAAAGACACAGAGCUGGAAAAACUCUGCGACUAUGAAUCUGUAGAGGUGCUAGAUUCCUACACUGGACCCCAUCUCUCCUUCCCACUGCUGCCAGAUCAUGCAACUGCCUUACUCGAAGCUUUCAAACAGAAACAACAGCUCCACGCUCAUUAUGUCUUAAAGCUCUUGCACGAGACCAGGAGACAUCUCAUGCAGCUGCCAAACAUCAAUCAUGUCUCCACCUGCUACAGUGAAGAGAUCACCAUCUGCGGAGACUUGCAUGGCCGGCUGGAUGACUUGUUUCUGAUAUUUUACAAGAAUGGCCUUCCCUCCCCGGAGAAGUCCUAUGUGUUCAACGGGGAUUUUGUGGACCGAGGCAAACAGUCUGUUGAGAUCUUGAUCAUUCUCUUUGCCUUUCUCUUGGUGUACCCAAAGGAGGUUCAUCUGAACCGCGGAAACCAUGAGGACCAUAUGGUCAACUUACGCUAUGGUUUCACCAAGGAGGUCAUGCAAAAAUAUAAGGUGCAUGGGAAGAAAAUUCUGAGGAUGCUCCAGAAUGUCUUUUGCUGGCUGCCACUGGCCACCUUAAUUGAUCAGAAAGUCCUGAUUGUACACGGCGGGGUGUCUGACAUGACUGACCUGAAGCUGCUGGCUAAAAUCCAAAGGCACAAGUUUGUUUCUGUGUUAAGGGGCAAAAAGAGAAAAGAGAAGAGUAGACACAUGGACUCCAAAGCGAUAAACGGCGAGAGCCCUGUGGGCGUCGAUCCUCCGAGGAGCAGUUCGUUCCCUGGCUCAUGCCUCCAGCCUGGGCUAGCUAGCAUGGCCAGCAGGACAGAGCUCUCCCAGUGGGUCCGGCAGACGGUCGAAGAGGAGCUGGAGAAGUGCCGCCAGCAGGUGGGGUUCAGUGAGACUCCAGGAGACAAGGAGCUCACCUGUGUCAGCUCCGUGACCAUGACCGAGUCAGAGCUGGAGUCCUGUGAAACAGGCGAGUCUAGCCAAGAAGAGUGGAAGCAGAUUGUAGAUUUAUUGUGGAGUGACCCCAUGCCUCAGGAGGGCUGUAAAAUGAAUACAGUGCGAGGAGGCGGCUGCUACUUUGGGCCGGAUGUGACAGAAAACGUUCUCCAGAAGCACAGUCUGCAGUUCCUGAUUCGCUCUCAUGAGUGCAAGCAGGAAGGCUAUGAGUUCUGCCACAGUCGAAAGGUACUGACCAUAUUUUCUGCUUCAAACUAUUAUGAGAUUGGCAGUAACAGAGGAGCCUAUGUGAAACUGGGGCCGGACCUGAUCCCUCAUUUUGUGCAGUAUCAAGCUAACAAGACAGUCCACACAUUAACUAUGAGACAAAGGAUCAGCAGAGUGGAGGAGUCAGCCUUCCGCGCGCUCAGGGAGAAGCUCUUUGCUCACACGUCGGACCUCAUCUGUGCUUUUAAGGGCUACGACCAGGAUGAGACCGGAACUAUCACACUGAGUGACUGGGCAACUGCGGUCGAGUCAGUCUUGCAUUUAAGACUGCCCUGGCGGAUGCUGAGGCCACAGCUGGUGCGCAGCACUGCAGGGGGCCUGCUGGAGUACAAAUCCUGGCUGGAUGACUUAGCUGUGGAACAACGGAGCAAAGAGCACAUACAGUCAAGCUUGCUAGAAACCAUUUAUCGAAACAGAUCGAACCUGGAGACCAUCUUCAGGAUCAUAGAUAGUGAUCAUUCAGGGCUCAUUUCAUUUGAGGAAUUCCACCAGACGUGGAAGCUGUUCAGCUCCCACAUGAACAUUGAGCUCACAGAUGAUGGCAUCAGUGACCUGGCCCGCAGCAUAGAUUUCAACAAGGAUGGAAACAUAGACUUCAAUGAGUUCCUAGAGGCCUUCCGCCUCAUUGAACACACUCACUGUGAUGAUAAAGCAGCAGAGCUCCUUCCAAUCCCACCCACAAGUGAUGGCUGUUAGCGGCUGCCCCAAUAGCUAAGCAACAGCCUGAAAUGCCACAUGCAAUGCCUUCUGAAUGGCACCUCUGACAACUUGUGGGGAGGUAGAACUGAGUUGCAUUUUAGGUAUCUUAGUGUUGGCAGCAGUUACUGCCCAUGUUCCAAUUUUCGGUAUGAUAACUGGCCAAAUAGGUAAGUUGUAUUUUAAAAGGAAAUAGAGGGAAUUUGGUGAUCAAGUAGAUAGAAACUCCCCUGUUGGAAUAAAUAACACUCUGCAACGGUAUGGUGUAGCCUGUUACACAAAUGUCAGUAAACUAUUACAGGAGCAUUAAAGUUUGUGAAGUGGAAUUAGGAACAUCUGCAAUAGCUGAAGUUGAAGUAUCUAAUAAAGUACAAACCUAAAAAAAGGUGCAGGAUCUUUGUGUUUUAAAUAGACUUUAGCUCAUUAAUGGUUGCUUCUGGGCUUUAAGUCACACCAUCAUGUGAAGUUCUAACUUCUGCAUGAAACUUUUUUUUUUUUUAAUCCAGUCUUGCUUUAAAGAUGUAAAGUGAUGGAGAAUUUGCUACAUCCCUAGGGUAAGACACUCCAGUUGUUAACCAUCUUGCUAAAAUGUGCCUUUUCUAGUCUGAAUUGGUUUAGCUUUAGCUAGUGGCUCUCUUUCUGCUAGAAAGAGUUAAACUUGCAAGAUAGAUACUUUAAGAGCUGCUAUAGAGGUUCAGGUAAUUGACCCAUCACCACUACCUAGUGCUGCAGCAGAAAGUGAGAACUUUGAACAAACUGUUUUGCUGUUACAGUUUGAACAAAUCAAGAUUCGCCCAACCUUCACAAAUGUAGUAUUUGCAAGGGGUAAUGGUAUUUACCAAGGAAUUUUCACCUUGUUUGGGAACCCAAGACAGGUAUGUCAGGUUUGAGUAAUUUCUUCUUAAAAAAUUACUU